UCUCUUUGGGGUGUGAUCUAACCACCAGCUAACUACCAGAGAACCACUCUGACUCACUUAGCAAGAGGACACCAUGGAGAUCACUCUUACCUCUUUACUUAUCUGUCAGUCCCCUCCUGCACCUCUGGUUAUCAGUCCCAACAGAAAUCAACACUUCUCCUCUGAGUCUCUCUCACUGACCUGCACAAUGCAGGAGGACUCUACUGGAUGGGAUGUGGUCGAGUUUAGAUCAGGAACAGUAUCAAAGUGUCCUGAUAUGAAAGGAAACACCUGCACUCGACCCUCCCUUCAUACAUCUGACAGUGGAGUUUACUGGUGUCAGGAUCAGUCGGGGAACAAGAGUAACCCUGUCAACAUCACAGUGCAAGAUGGUGAUGUGAUCCUGGAGAGUCCUGCUCACCCAGUGCUGGAGGGAGAUCCUCUGACCCUGCGCUGCAUUCACCGCCACAGACCCUUACGCUUCAGAGGAGACUUCUACAAAGACGACUCGCCACUGAAUCAGACAGACGGAGAGAUGACCAUCCAUUCCGUCUCAAAGGGACAUGAGGGGUCAUAUUGGUGUCAAAGGUCAUAUCAAUCAGAGUCACCAAAGACCUGGAUUACAGUAAGAGCCUCGGGAUCCUCUAGGAUGGUUGCAGUAGGCAUCGGAGUGGGGUUGGGUCUGGUCUUUAUACUCUCCACUCUAUUCGUACUGCUGUUUCGAUCCAAAAGGCUUAAAGGUGUUCAGUGCUCCAGGAUUUUGCUUGGUGGGCAACAGCAGAGCAUCAAUCAGCGUUCAACCCAGGGCCAGAUCCAAUCUACAACAAGAGAAGGGGAUCAGUCUGAAUACAUGCCACUGCAGAGAGGAACUGCAGAUGUCUACGACACCAUUAAAGUAAAUCAUGUGCCCCAACAAAGAGGUCAGAUGCGUGAUGAAGAACAUGAUUAUGAAAUAUGAAUACCGGUAUGACUGUCACUUUUUCUGAAGUUAUGUUUAUGAUGAAGAUGGUAUAGAAUCAGUUUUACUGUAUAAUAAUUUUGCAUAUUUCUAUUAGUAUGAAUUCAGUCAGAGGAGAAGUUGUUUUCUUUUAAUGACGGAUGUUAUGACUUUAGAGAUGUAAUAUUCAUCGUGAUAAUAAUGAUUUACAGUAUGUUUUUGCACAUUUUAUAUAAUAGUAUACAUUGUUUUUGUCUCUGUUCAUAUUUCAGGUUAAGUUGUGUGAGGUAAAUAUGUAAAACUUUGUUUUCCAUACCAUUUUUUUGUAUGUGGCGUACAUAAAUACUGUAUAUAUUUUUAUAUUUAGAAAUAUAUCUGCUUCAUUGUAUACUUAACUACAACUCCUUAAGUGCCAUAUACAUACAGCUGUAGCCAUUAUGUGACUAGGUCGUCUAUACAUAAUUAUAAAAAUAAAUAUUAAAGUUUUAUUUUUAUAUUUU